AUGGAUUCGAACGAACAAAGUGAUUUUCCUCUAAAAACAAGACAAACAGCUCGUUUACUUAACGGUAUACAUACGGAAGUAUUAAUUACGGGAUUUCGUGACAAAAUAUUUGUAAUUGUCACUCAAUACGGGAAAAUUGGCAGUUUGAUUUAUGUGACAGUUGACUCACAAUUGCCUUCUCCACUUUCAGUAACGACUUCCGCUUCCACCAAUGUAAAAUUCCUUCUCGGAUCCAUUACUCCGCUAUAUCAAUUAUACGCAUCACACAUAGCUACUGUUAUAGCGACAGAGAAUUCUGGUGACGGAAGAGCUGUAGUGGUAGGGUUAGCAUUAAUGAAAAAUAGUGAUAAUAAUGAUAACGGAGAUCAAGAUGAAGAAAUUGGAGACAAAGAAUUAUUUAAUGAAAUUGAAUCAAUGGUGAAAGAAUGUAGAGUUUGGUGA